AUGCAACUGAAAGGCCUUAUACUAGUUCUGGUAAUUCUAUGUGUUACUGCUGACGCUAUUGGUCAUUAUACUGUUGUCAAUAUUCAUAACGGAUACAGCGAGAAGAAAGCCAAUAAGACGGAUCAUAUUACUACGACAAUUCACGGAAACCAUCCUUUGGACUUAAAUGGUAACUUAACGUCAAAGUUGGAUGCAUAUGAAACACGAUUUAAAAACUUGGUGAACAAGAUAGAAAAUGUAACGGUAAAGUUGGACAUCUGUGAAGCUAAACUAGAUCAGAUUGUGGAGUCAAUAGGCGACAACGCGAGACCCAAGGACUGUAAUGAAGUCCUAGACCUCAGAUACACGAGAACUGGCGUUUAUACUAUUUACCCAAAACCUGGUGUUAAAGGCUUGCAAGUAAGGUGUGACAUGGAUACUACGACUGGUGGAUGGACCGUCAUACAACGCAGAGUGUCGGCUUGUGAUUUCUUCAGAACUUGGGAUUAAUACAAAUCUGGCUUUGGGGAUGUAAACGAAAACUACUGGCUCGGAAACUAAGCAAUACACAU